CAAUGACGCUGAGGAGGUUUCCCUUUAAAUACUUCAACUCUGAAGAACUUUGUUAGUGGAACAUUUCAUCUCUGAAGGACGAGUGUCAGGUUACGGAGUUUCGCUUGUGUGUGUUUCUCUCUGUCUCUCUCUCUCAAAAUUUACUGUUGACAGGAAACCUGGGAAGAUGGGAGACUGGAGUUUCUUGGAAAAGCUCCUCGAUGAAGUACAGGAACAUUCAACUGUGAUCGGUAAAAUCUGGCUCACCGUUCUCUUCAUCUUUCGGAUUCUCAUUCUGGGCACGGCUGCAGAGUACGUCUGGGGCGAUGAGCAGUCAGAUUUUAAUUGCAACACAGCACAGCCAGGUUGUGAGAAUGUCUGCUAUGACAAGGCUUUUCCAAUCUCUCACGUCCGCUACUGGGUGCUACAGAUCCUCUUUGUGUCAACACCGACACUUAUCUACUUAGGCCACGUGUUGCACAUAUCGAGGAAAGAAGAGAAGCUCAAACAGAAAGAAGAAACCUUGCGGUCCCAGCCUAGCAAAGACAGCCAAACUGACCUCAUUGUCAAAGAGAUUGAAAGAAAGAAGCAGAAGUAUGGCAUUGACGAGUCAGGAAAAAUCAAAAUCAAAGGGGCACUAAUGUGCACCUACACACUAAGUAUCGUCUCCAAAAUGAUAUUUGAACUGAGCUUUUGCUUUGGGCAGUGGUACUUAUAUGGCUUCGUAAUGCCUGCGGUUUAUGUUUGUGUUCGACCACCCUGCCCACAUAUAGUGGAUUGUUUCAUAUCUCGUCCUACAGAGAAGUCCAUUUUCAUUUUAUUUAUGUUUGCUGUAUCACUGAUGUCGCUCCUGCUAAACCUUCUGGAAAUACUCCAACUCAUUGGCAAGUGUAUUAUCAAAAACGUUCAGACCAACUCCUAUAAACAGAUCUAUGUAAAACCUUCUGACUUUCCAGGGAGUGCCUAUAUGGAAAAGGAAUCAUUGCCUGUGGACUACAUGUACACAGCUGUAGAAGGGAAUCAUGGACAUUACCAGAGUUGCAAUAAGUCCUCCUCUGAGCAGAACUGGACAAACUACACUACAGAACAAAGACUGGCAGACCAAAAGUUUAAUAGCAUGCCAUAUAACCUUUUGAGGAAGAUCCCUGACAAAACAGACCAAACCACAAUUCAGCCACCCAGGCCUAUUAGCCCGGCCAGCAGCCAAAGCAGUAGACGACGGCAAGAUGAUGUCACAAUCUGAUUUGAGCUGAACGUUAAUUAUAGCGUGAUUAAUAUUUAAGAAUGGUGAUGUUUUACAGUCUUUUUUGAGGGUUUUCAGUCAUCUAGGGGCAAAAAUGUGUAAGAAAGCCUGCAUCUAAUGUGAUCUAAUGUACAGAAUCAUUUAAGUGCAGUGUUACGAUGACAUGACCGCGCUAAACUGAAGAUAAGCACGUGUUUUUUAAUUAAAACACUGAAUGAAGUUACCAUUAUACUUUGUAAUUUAUUUCCCACUUACUGUACCUGGGAGAAGUUCUAAGGAGAAACAGUGUUCUGGGACUAAUUGCAAGAGCAAUGAUUUUUGGUCACUCUGAGCUAUCCAGCCCAUUCCUUGGGUUUUAUUUAAUUAUAUUUUGAACCAAUAGCAUUCCUGUAACGUAUGCCAGCAAUCCUAAAGAAAGAUUUAGUUAAGGGAGAGUGAAGUUUUAUUUAUUUAUUUUCUGCUCUUUGACACUCAUUUUGGAAAUAUUUUUCUCAUCCUUCCGCUUGGGUACCUCUGUUGUGACAUUUCCCAAUUGAGAUUGUAGGGUGUGUGAGACACAACUGUUGACAAGCCUUUGUUAACGCUGUUUUGAAACCAACUACUGGAAGGCUUACAAGAAUACAUUUAGGUGAGUUGCUUCUCAAGCUCAAUUUGAUAUUAACUUUCUCCUUUGCCCACCCUUGCUUCGCGUUUUGACACUCUCAAAGUAUCAACAACUAAGAGUACUUCAAUCAAAUCGGGAAUAACUUAGCAACCAACUAACAAUAAUCAUGAAACAAUAAACAACAUAAUGACAUAAAUACACCAAACUUGGUACGAAUAGAUUUAUUUAUUAGCUCUGAUAAACCAAAAAAUAUCCCGUUAUUAGCAACAGAUUAUGACAAGUGGUCUCGCACGCAUUCUGUCAAGUGACGGGCAAGAUUCUAUCUCAUGACAGUGAGUGAGUGCAUAUUCUAUUUCCUCACAUUUCUAAUUGAGGAAAUCUGCAAUACAACUCAAAUCUAAAUGGAAUCGGCAAUGAAUAUCGCAAAGAAUAUUUUCUCUAUGGCAUGCAUUAGAAACUUUGAGGAAUUGUGUAAGCUUUUGGAACACAUACUUAACGCUUCUUUAAUGUCAUGCAAUGAAUGCAUUCAAACUCUCCACAAUCACACAUUUUUUAUGGCGUUUAUGGGACAUCCAUGCCCCUGCAGGCUCCAACCUUGUGCAAGCUUAUGAGGAGAAUUGAUGAUCAGGAAGCCAUUCUGCUGAAAGCAUUUUUUAUUACUGAAUGGAUUCAUUGUAUAGUGUAGUAAUAGAUUAAUUUGUAGUAAGGAGAGAUAUCUUAAAGUAGUGUACAUACAAUUUAUUUGUUGUGAUCUUUACACGCUCAAUAAGUAAUAAAUGAGUUGUACUGAGAAAAAAAUAGAAGAUAAUGACUCUUUAUUUAAAAGAGACUGGGACUUCAGUGGAAAAAAUGGAUUUAUAAAGUAAUUCAAAAUACAACAAAAGGCUUUCUCUCGUCUCAGAUCUUCAAACCCUCUGCCUCAGUCAUGUGUAUUAUUCAUCAAUUUAUGAGCAUGGUUACUGGUCAUAAGCCCUCAACUUUUGUCUUUCCCUCAAUUCCAAACAAGUUCACUUACUGCUUUGUGCAAUGUGCCAUUGAAAGCAAAUUCUUGAUUUUUUAAAAUCAUAAUGUGCAGGCAAUCUAUUGCUUAGUUAAUUUAUCGUUUUUCAAAAUGGAUAUGUACUGUAACGUUGGUUUUCCAUGGGCAUUUCUGUAAGUACCUGAAGAUUUUAAACUUCAUAACAUAAAAGCUGUGAUCCUAAAUAAUACUCAACAGGACUGAGAGAGGGGGAUAACAGCAUUGUAGCUCAUUUUAAAGGACAAUUAUGAAUUUUAUUUACAGACUCGUUCAUUGUCCAGCUUGUAAUAAGGCCUAAGGUGGGGCCUACAAUUAAAAUGCAUUACAAAAUACAACAUGACAGCACAUUUUCAGCAUUUUUUUUCCUGUCAGCUAACAACACCAUAAUCAGCAAAAGAACAAGAACAGAACUGACAGAGAUACAAGAUGUGAGCUUAAGUGUGAAACCCAGUUCGUUGAUUGUGCCUCGCACAAAUCACCUAGAAAUUAAAAUGGCAAUGGAUGCCAUUUGACUUUCGUGAUCUGAGUUGAUAUCCCUCAAGUAAGAUUUUUACUUCAAACUCUUGACACAAUUGCAGCCAUUUCACUAAACUGUGGAAAGUAGGGACAUGAUUUGAUUAGAUUCUGCAUUAGUUAACAUGUUUUGUAUUAUCUGAUAAUGUUAAAUUCUCGAUGUCUUUUGAACUGCUGAACAAAAUAAAACUUAAGAAACAAGAC